AUGACAGUUGAAGAUCUUCCUGAAAAGCUGCUUAAAGUCAAGGGAAGAAGUCCACUGCGGCAAAAUUACGACAAUACUUACGUUAACGACAUGGCGUCCACGUCGAGGACAGUGACAGACUCGUCACUCAAAAGUAAGCUAGAGUAAUGCCUGCCUCGCAAAUCGAUACUUUGAGAGAAACUCCUUUAACUAUAGCUUUUCCGUGGGAAAUACUCGGUGGUAUACGCCCUUCACCACGUAAAUCUGAAUGUUUUUUUUUUAAAAAACCAUGUGAAACCAAUAUUCAACACCUUGAUGAUCACAGUUGUAGUGAAAAUGUGUGAAAGACUUUCUUCAGUACUUCUCGAUUUGCCCAUUUGUCUAAUCGAACAUUCACGAGAAACUUUAAACGUAUUAAAGUUUAAAUACUUUAUUUUAACUUAACUUAAACGUAUUAGUAUUAAAAUAACAAGUGGAUACAUCCUUAUCGAUCCUUAAAUAGGCAUGAUCGUAGCCUGACAUUAGAAAAAAAAAUUCGAGAAAAAAAUACUAAAUUACAUAUGUUGCUGGUGACUGGUUUUUUGUUUAAGUACAAAUUCUGGAAAAAAAGGUCUUAUCGUUUUUUUAAGCAACAUGGCUGCCUUGUUGUGUGGCUGCAAACCACUGCUUUGAGUCAACUGUAGAGAUCAUAAAACUGUGAAAGGUUUGAACCCAGGAGUCAUUUCAAAAGUAGGUUGAGUUUGAUCGUCCGGGUGAACGUAGUCCUGAAUAGGACUGUUGUUGUUGACAGUGACUGACCUUUCGACAACCUUUGCGGUAGUCAUCUUCAGAGUCAAAGUGAGUUGUAUCACGUCAGUUGAUGGUAUUAUACACUGGUUAUUGAUCUGAUUGACCAAUCAGAUCAAUAACCAGAGUAUAAUACCAGGAAAUGAAUAGUGGAAACAAAUGAGAAUUCAAAUUUUAAUCUUAGGUUUUAAAGAGUUAAAGGUAAACAACAAUGAAAGAAAAAGAGAUAAGAGUAGAUUCUUGGUACUUACACACAUCAUGUCCUUGGUUUAUUUAUUGAUUAAGUGUGAUCUGAUGUAUUUGCAAAGAUCUUUUCAUUCCUGGGUUUACUUUUUUAAUCACAUACAACUCUUGUCUGUUUUCUUUAGAGUCAAGGACAACAGCACAGCAAGCUGAAAGUGACACUGGACCCUUUGUUGUAUUAGGUCUUAUCUUUGUAGCAUCUCUUGUGGCAAUGGCGUUUGUUUAUUGGAGCUUUCCUAAUCUUAGACUGUAAGUUUGUUUCUUCUUUGUAAGUUUAAUAGUAAGUUUUCAAAACUGUUAAUGGAUAUGAGUUCUAUAAGAGGAAAUAUAACCAUUUGAAUUUGCUUGACAAAAUUUAUGCAAGGGCCUCUCUGACAUUUUGCUAAUUUAAAAAGGGAAAAAUAAAGCUUUUCCUUCCCCAUCCCCUCCACCCAAUAUUGUGCUGCUGUUUGAGCUACCUGUAGAAAAUAACAAAUGCCCCAACUUUGAAUGGAGGGGAGAGUUUGUGGAUUGUUUUGUUCUCUGAAGUUACCACAUUUGAAGAAAAUGUCUCUACAGUUUUGUUGCUGAUUGUGGCUUCAAAGGUUUUCUUUUUCAACUUAACAAUACAAUUCCCGUUAAAAGAGGAAAUUCUAUUUAAGACCAGAAAAAGUUUUUGUAGAAAGUACAAUCACCUGGUCACUGAGAGAUACGUGUAACCUAAUGACCAGAAUACCUGUUUCUUCAAUUAUUUAAAUGUAUUCAUCAAUUUGAGAAAUAAAGUCAACAAUCCUGCCAGCAAAGCCCCUGACUUAUUAGGGAGCUUAAGCAACUAUGACAGUGACAGCUACUAAAACGUCCACUUAAAGAGUGAAUUCAUGCUGUCCCAAACUUUAUCACUCUUAUUCCAUCUCACUCAAUUCAUCAAAUGUUGGCAUUUUUUUCUGGAGUUGAAUUCUAAAGGACUGUGUCAAAGUACAGGAAAAGAAAAAGAAAGUCAUUGUCUUCUGUUCAUGCCCUCCACUAAAUAUGAAAUAACAUGUCGGUAUUGUGCAGUGGCAGUGAAGAAAUGUACAAAAAGGCGUGGUGCACAUGCAAAGUUGUUGUUUUGCUUAUCAAAUCUAUUGCUUUUUGGCCAUUCUCAUUGCUGUUGCUGUCCUUAUUGCUUGAGCUCCCUGUUAUUAAGAUCAAAGGCCCUCUGCUUGCAGGGUGAUGCAUAAAAAUCUUAUUGAGUUGAUUUUUUAGGGAAGACAAGGCCAGAAUAAAAUUACCAUGGAAUAUGGAAGAUGCCAAAGGCCUGGGGAAAGCUCUAUCUAAUUACACUGAUGAGUACUUCACUCAAGUUCUUGUAGGAUUUGUUGUUAUAUAUAUUUUGUAUCCUUUUGAUUGUAAUGCACUAACUGUUAUGUUCACAUUGUCAUAAGUUUUACUUGGAAAUUACAUUAAAUGUAAUUUAAUGGUAAAAUUUUUUACCAGCUAAAAUGAUGAUAAAAUACAAGUAAUAAUAAUUAUUAUUGUAUGUAGGUUGCAAAAAUAAUCCCCUUGCAACCAUCCCAGUUGGUUGUUAAUCUUAUAACCACCACUUAGUUUUCAUGGUAGGAAAUCCAAGUGAAAAGACCCAAAGACAAAUGCGAUUGUCAAGAACAGAAAAAGUAUAAUGUCUAAGUGUUCAAAGAUGCUUUUGGGGACUAAAAAGCCAUUUGCAUGACAACAUCAUUCUACUACUAUGACUUAGUAGAAUCCUUCAGGGUUUCGCUUUCUCGUGCAAAUUAGAGCUUUUGUUAUUUAAACCUUGCUGGGAUUAAGAAAUUUAAGUAUCAUAGUAAAAACGAAAAGGAUUCUGGUCUUAGUAGUAAUAUGUCUCCAUUGUGUAAAUGGCCUAUUAUAUUGAGAUAUAUAUAAUAACAACAAACUUGCUUUAAUUAACUCUUGUGGUUACAAAGUCUUAACUUCUUUUUGAUAGCUUACAAACAUUUGCAAUUCCUGGAUCAAUUUUUCUCAGUAUUUUAUCAGGAUUCUUGUUCCCUUUUCCCUUAGCACUAUUUCUUGUCUGUCUGGUGAGUACAUAGUAUUAUAGCAUAACAACUGUAAACUAGUUCUCUGAUUGGCCCAUUUCCUCUUUGCCUGUGGUUCUCUCUGAUAAAAGAUAGCACACAGUCUUUGUAGUAGGUGUCAAUACAUUUGUGUGUAUAAGAUUAUUAAAUUUUCAAUGAAGUGAAGUUACUUAAGAAUUUUUUCCAAUAAUUAUAAUAAUGUUACUAGAAAGUUUCCAUGACAUCAGCUCAGAAACUCAAAAACGUGUAACUAGCGUUCAAUGCACAUGAUUGAAUAUUCAUUCUUUUAAGUACCAUAUUUUGGAAAACAAAACUCUACGCGUGCAGCACACUGUUUUUGCACAUUUCUUUGUCGAUACUGCACAACUACGGUGUGAAACUUCGUAAUUUCAUGUUUUAUGAAGGAAGUGAACGUGAGAAAACUAUUUAAUGUUUCUUAGAAUACAGUGUUUUAGAAUUCAACUCCAGAAACAUUUGCCAACAUUUAACAAAUUGAAUGAGUUGGAAUAAGGGCCAAGAAGUUUGAAGCAACCCAAAUUUACUUUUUGUGUGAUAUGAUGUUUUCGUAACUGUCACUGUUGUAGUUGCCAAAACUCCAUAUUUUUUAGUGGGAGGGGAACUUGGGGUAAAAUGAUGUCAUGUUGUGUGCAAAGUUUGAUUGUUUGGUUAUCUUUUCCUCUCAUUCCAAAUAUAGUACUUGUGAAAGUGAAUGAGCAUGUCGGACAAAGAGAACAACCCCUUAUGAGUUUCUGAUUAGCUUUGAUAAUUUGUGUUUUAAACUGAAAAAAGUAUUACAAGCUAUCUUGACCAAUUUAGCCCAAAACAAUAAAUUGAAAUGUCUAUAAAUGUAUGAUAAAAAGCAGUACUUAAAUUAUACUUAUUUAUACAUGCAUUCACAUCAUUGGAAACAGAAUGGCAGGUUAUCAGAGACGUUCAGAAGUGUUUGAAUUCUGUGCUUCUUUUUGACCAGAAAAUUUUUUCUGUUUUAGUGAGAGUGCAGAGAACCCAGGAGCUCUCCCAGUUUUGUUAAAACUAUGGGUGCAACAAAGUGUGCCAGGCAUCAUUCAAUCCCAAAUAACUGACACUGAAUCUCAGAGAAUGAACAAUUCAAAAUAGUAUUGUUACUAGAGUCAAACUUGUAUAUAACGGCCCUGUAUAUAGUGGUCACCCUGUAUAUAACAGUCACCUUGCUGUUUGCCAAGGGUGACCGUUGAACACAGGUUUGACUGUAACAACAAACCUUGUUAAGUAUAUUAUUUGUUCCUAUUCUAGCUUCAGAUUAGUCCGAUUGACUAUUCAUCUGGCCUCAGUUGUUCAAAAGAUGGAUAUGUGCUAUCUCUGUCCAGUGGAUAACAUAAUAAUUAUUGGUUUUCAUAAUACAAAUUCACUGGAUAGCAAUUUAUACGGUGGAUAGCGCUAUCCAACUUUUGAACAACGAGGGCCUGAUACACAACUGUCACUUUGUUUUUAGUGUUCUAGUGUAGGUGCUUCGUUCUGCUAUUUAUUAUUCUACUUGGUUGGUCGUCAGUUAGUGCAACGUUACUUGCCAGAGAGAGUUAAUCAGUGGCGGGAGCAGGUACUAUUAUUUGCUGAUACUAAUUAAUAUUAGUGUUUUAUUUCUUAAUCAUUAAUAGGCCCUCUCUGAGGUAACUGUUGGCGCAAGAGCUUUGUUUUUUGAACUAUUAUAAUUUAGUAAAAUCCAAGUAGUGGUCCAUUAUCAAUGCUGCAUUCUGAUUGGUUGAGCUACUACUAGGCUACAUGUUAUAGCCCCCUAUUAGCAAAAAGCGCAGGCUUUUUGGUGGAAAAAAAGGAUUAAAGUCUAGCUUUUAACUAGAUUAAUUUAUUCUUGAUAUUUUUGACCAACUAGUUGGAUUUUACUAAAACAAUUAUUCCUCUCGCCCUCAUUGAGGAAUAACUGUUAAAUAUACAGUUGAACCACCAUUUGCAACCACUUCUCACAAAGUGACCGCCUUUUGGCCUCAUUGUUUUAUAGAUUACCAUUUUUUUAAACUGUUGAAAGUUGGUGUGGUCUCGUUGUGCACUGUAUGUGUUAUGCCAGUCAUGGUAUAUGAAGAACUUUUAGUGACAGCAUGGAACUACACAUAUAUGUAACUUGGAAAUUGCAUGCAAUAAAUUCUUUGCCAAAAAGUAGAUGUGUCUGGACCUCAUCCUAGAGAGACCACCUGUGGUUUGAUUCUUUUAAGCGACCACCUCCCAUAAACAACAACUAAAUCGUCACAGUUUGGGUGGUCGCUUACAAGCAGUUUGAUGGUAUAAUUAUCACCAUCUUUGACCUUAAAAAGUCACCCUAGCUACAGAUGUAUGGUCUCAAAAUAUCUAGGAUGGAAUAUUUACUGCUAGCUUCAUUUUCGCACAAUGUUGAUUUAAGACAAACCUCUUGAAUCCAGGGUUUCUGAAUAAUAAUAUAUUAGUAAACCCACAAAAGGCUUUAUUUUAGCCUCUAACCUCGAGUCAGAGAAUUACCCAAUUUUUUAUCGUUAAAGCAUUAUUUUAUACUCUCUAGCAUUUAAAUUAUUUGAAGUGCUAUGUGUUGGUGCUAUUAUUUUGAAAAUAUAAUUUUUAUAUUUCUUUCUAACAGGUCUCCCACCAAGACAACCUCUUGAGCUAUAUAAUAUUUUUGCGUAUCACUCCAUUUCUUCCCAACUGGUUUAUUAACAUCACCUCACCAGUUAUAGGAGUUCCACUUUUACCAUUUUUCAUUGGCACAUUUGUAGGUAUGUAUGUUAAAGAAAAAUUUCAGGUCGUUUACAUGUAAAUCAUCCAACUAGUGCAACAAGAAAGAAGUGUGAGAAAUGGAGUUCACAUCUUCACUAUAUUUUGAAGAAUAUUUCUGCUUAAUGAUUGUGAUGAUAAAUGGACUUAAAUUAACACAAUUUUUCAAAUCCGCAUUUAUUUCCCAUAAUAUUAAUUGUAAUUGUACCGUAAAUUGAAUUGCGAACAUCAAGAUUUGAACUUAUGAUCUCCCAAACACUGGCCAUUUACUAGAUUUGAAUUAUACCACCAGUAUCAGGAAUUAUAAUACUUAUACAGUAGUCUAUUACUGUACUUUUGAAGUGUCACCCAUAGAUUACUGUUUUGUUUCAUGUUUAUUACCUGACCAACCCAAUCUUGUCACGUAGAACAUAUUAAAAAUGGUAAUCUCUUUUUCAACUAUCACUUGUUAAGCACAGCAUUUGUUGAAUCAGCAUUACAGUAGCAAAACUUUUAUGAUGAGCUAUUUGUAAUUAUUGUUCUAGAAAUUUAACACUUGACACUUUAAUAAUAAUAUUUAUUCAUUUUUUGUUUCCAUUUCAUCAGGAGUGGCUCCACCAUCAUUUGGUUUUAUCAGUGCAGGGGUUGAGUUGUAUGUACUGACAGCUACAGGAGAUGUAAUGUCUUUCAAGUCUGUCAUGAUUGUUAUAGUCUGUGCCAUACUAUCACUAUUUCCAGUCAUUUUUAAGAGACAAUUGAAGGCGAAGAUAGAAUAA